CCAAUAAUAAGAAGAAGAAGGUCAGACGAGGAAGUAUGAUGUAGUGGAGCUUGUGGUGAAGGUUGAAACAGUCAAAGUAAGCUAACAGCGUUAAGAUAAUGAGACCAUAGGAUUUUACCAGCCUCACCCACCACAGGUUCAGUUAUGGCUGGUUUCUCCAGCUAUGCGGUGCGCAUGGCAAGGCUGAGCUCCAGAAUCUUUGGAGAGGUUGUCCGCCCCACAGACUCUAAAUCAAUGAAGGUGGUCCAGCUGUUUCAGGAGCCUCCACUGGCCAAGAGGAAGGAGGUGUAUGAAUGGUAUCCUCAUCACAAGGUUUACUACGCCAUGACCCAGAAGCUCCGGUUCAUGGGACUGUUCAGGUAGUCAAUUCAAUUCAAAAAUACU